AUGUGCUAUCGCGUUCGACUUCGACUUAAUCGGGAGGUUGGUGAAUGCGAGUGGUGCCUGUGCAGUGAGCUAUGGAGGCCAGUAGAUCUGUCAAGCACGCUUCAGGGAAGUCAUGUGAAGUACAAAUUCUUUGUCUCCGGAGAUCCAGCAAAGCGUCCUAUAAGUAUUGGCAACUCUUAUGUAUCCGCACUGCUCGUGAUGGUCGGAAGCACAAACUUCUACGCACAGCAAGAGUACGUCCCUCCACUUCAUACCCCGAUGACGCUUGUGAACCGACCUAGUGCCGUAGAAAGCGGAGCGACUGACUCCCACAAACAAUUCACUUCCCAUAAUGCUCAUGAGCUUCUCGGAAAGAGACAUGGAGAGGAUGACACAGAGGCUCCCCGUGCAAAACGUAGAUUCGAAAGGGUCAGCGCUCAGUUUGAAAGAUUCAGCAUCUCUGAACGAAACGGAUCCAAUGGAAGAGUGAGCAUGGAUACUUCGGAUUCUGAAGAUGAAGCUGCCGGUUGUGGAAGUACAACCGAUGAACAGAUGGUGCAAGGAAUUGUAGAAGAACCCGACGAAUGUGGUUCUAAUGGUCUUAUGCUCGGUGAAUACCUUAAAGGCUAUCUUGAACGCAUGAAGCACAAUAACCUUACAUUUCUUGUGAGAGAUGAGUCCGUAAGCACGUCAAAGCAUAUUUGCAAGGUUGGGCGACGACCUGUGGUGAAAGCUAAGCUCGCCGUGGCAUGGCUGCUUAGUUUGGGGAAAAGUCUCUUUGCCACUCCAGUAUAUUCACUACCUCAGUACCCUGCACACUGGGCCCUGCCGUUUCAGACGUCGGACGGACACGCACCAUCGCUAUUUGCCCUGACGAGGCAUGACCGGGGCAUGCUGGAAAUUCCGCCGGGACCCUCUUUACACGCACCCCUGGACCAAGGCGACGCAAGCACGACUCGUCAUGGAGACUGUCUCAGACUGUGUACUUACAACGCGAGAACAGUUUCCACAGACGCUGACCUGCAUGCCCUUCUCGGAGCUGCAGAGCGUAUCAAAUUUCACGUGAUUGCUCUGCAGGAGACCAAGUGCAGAAGGAGCGACGUACGACAGAUGAAUUACAGUACACUCGUCAUUCGUGGAGAGAAGUUUCCGUCGCGAAAUGUAGGCGGUGUUGGUUUUGUUGUGCACCCAUCUGUCGUCCAUCUCGUCGAUUCUCACGAGAUCCUGUCACUUCGUCUGGCCAUUCUUCGCCUCCGCCCUCUGCGCCAAAAAUCCAUCAGUAUCAUCAACUGCUACUCACCAACAUCAGCAGCUGAUGAAUCCGAACUAGACGCGUUUUCAGAGGAGCCGGAGGAAGUAGUCCGCAACGAGAAGUCCUUCUACAAAUUCCUUGUCGGAGACUUCAACACAAAACUAGGAAAGGCCACAGAAGAGGAAUACAGGAUUGGAAGAUUUGGACUAGGGGACCGGAAUGAAAAUGGCAAUCGUCUCACCGGGCUGUUGUCCGCCGCUCGCCUCUUUCAUGGGAACUCUCUUUUCAUGAAAAAAGAUCAUCGUCGGUGGACAUGGAAGUCGCCCAAUGGCGCGACUCGUGCGAAGAUCGACCACAUACUCACCAACCAGAGGUGGUGUCUACUUGACGUCUCAGUAGUACCAUCCUUUUGUAGUGGUUCUGAUCACCGUCUCCUUCGUGCGAAAAUCGUCUUAGCCACACGAUGGAAAAGAACAUCUGCUAUCGGCAACGAAGAAGAAAAGAAGUCAGGAUUACGAGCCUGUGUUGAACGUGCCUCGAAGCCGCGCACGACAAACUUGGAUCGAAUUUCGAAAGCCACCAGGGAAUUGUUGGAAAGAAGAAGGGCUUUGAGGGAUUAUCCGAAUGCAUCGCACAUUGAGCGGUUAGUAGCAGACACUAGCUGCAGAAAAGCGUUGCAGGAGGAUCUUAUGAAGUACAGGCAGAAGAAGAUUCUGGAAGCAGCACAAAGAAGAACAAGUCUGAAGAAGUGCCGCAGGGAUCUCCGCGAAUAUAAUAUUCCGCUAGCAACCUUGCUGAGCGAAGACGAGACUCGCACGUCUUCUCGUCGUGAGAUGGAAAUCAUAACGGAGAGGUUCUACUCGAACCUUUUCCGUUCAUCAACUCCUAUGUCAAGCUCGAUCAUCCCCACUGGCGAAGCUCCCCCACGGAUUCUCCCUUCGGAAGUACGAGUCGCUAUCAAGAGCAUGAAACCUGACACAGCCCCCGGACCUGAUUUUAUAUCAGCAGACUUUCUUCGGGCUGGUGGCCAUCCGCUUCAUGUAAUCUUAGCAGCGCACAUGACAUCCUACCUUCAGAAAGAAAGGAUCCCAGACCAGUGGAAGACCUCGCGAACCGUUCUUAUCCAUAAGAAAGGUGACCGAGAGGACCUUCGGAACUACCGUCCGAUAUGCUUGCUGAGCGUGUUAUACAAAGUAUUCACCAAGCUCAUCCUCACGCGCAUAUCUAGGACGCUGGAUGAAGCCCAGCCUCAAGAACAAGCUGGAUUCCGCCAGGGGUUCAGCUGCUUGGGCCACAUCCAGACCGUGUCGAGGGUCAUAGAGGUUUGUCGGGAAUACCGCCUGCCCCUUGUUCUAACCUUCGUCGACUAUGAGAAAGCCUUUGACAGCGUAGAAACGAAUGCAGUACUGUCAGCGCUGGUCGAUCAAGGUGUGGACUCGUCGGGAACUAUUCAAGGGAAUGAACUCGUUGUUUGGCGACCACUGGCUGAGUUUCGGGACCCCUUUCAAGAUCCUACAAUGAAAGGAAGGAUCCAAGAAGUUGAAGGUUCUGAAAAUACUACAGAUGAAGGCUGCACCUCUCAUCUUAUUACCGAAGCUGGAGAUAGUGAAUCGGAGAACGAAUCGUCACUUAAUGUUAGUCCAUCAACAUCUAAACUUCGAAUCGAAGAGCUGAACGACCAAAAAGGAAAUGUCGAAGACAUGGAUUGCAGUUGGUGA